CUCCCCGGGGGUAACGCGGGAAACGCUGCUGUGUUGGUUCAGUGUUUUCCACAGAGGAGCAGCCGCCGCGCUAAUCCACAUAUCUAGUGAUAGUAUCAUCACCAGGGCCAACCGAUGAGCCUUUCUACAGCUUUUAGUGGUUUCACUCUGACCUGAGAAAGUUAAUCCUCAACAGGAACUCCGUCCUCAGGCUGUGGUGAGUCCGGACCAUUUAAACCAGUCCGGUGGAGCGGUUAAUUAUAUGUCGGUCCCCGCGCUGCUCGUUAACGUUUGUCUCCGUAGCUACCGAGCAGUUGUUAGCUCCGACACAAAGAGGGGAGUCUUGCUAGCUGGCUAAACAACCAACAAACACUUCUAAAAUAACUAUAAAACAUGGAUACGUUUCAGAAGGUGGAAAAGAUAGGAGAAGGGACUUAUGGAGUGGUUUAUAAAGCGAAGAACAAAGUCACCGGCGAAACUGUUGCUCUGAAGAAAAUCAGGCUGGACACGGAAACAGAGGGUGUACCAAGUACUGCCAUCCGAGAGAUUUCACUUCUCAAAGAACUCAGUCACCCAAAUAUUGUCAAAUUGCGAGACGUCAUCCACACUGAGAACAAGCUCUACCUUGUUUUUGAGUUCCUUCAUCAGGACCUAAAGAAGUUCAUGGACUCCUCCUCAGUCACCGGUAUCCCGCUGCCUCUGGUUAAGAGUUAUCUUUUCCAGCUGCUGCAAGGCCUGGCCUUCUGCCACUCUCACAGGGUCCUUCAUCGAGACCUGAAGCCACAGAACCUGCUCAUCAACGCUCAGGGGGAGAUCAAGCUCGCCGACUUUGGCCUGGCAAGAGCCUUUGGAGUACCUGUCCGCACUUACACGCAUGAGGUGGUAACACUUUGGUACAGAGCACCGGAAAUUCUCCUUGGCUGCAAAUACUACUCCACAGCUGUUGACAUCUGGAGUCUAGGGUGCAUCUUUGCUGAAAUGAUCACCAGGAGGGCCUUAUUCCCCGGUGACUCUGAGAUCGACCAGCUAUUCAGAAUCUUCCGCACCUUGGGCACGCCUGAUGAGACCGUCUGGCCCGGAGUCACAUCAAUGCCUGACUACAAACCAUCUUUCCCCAAGUGGGCCAGACAGGAUUUAUCCAAAGUGGUUCCUCUUCUUGACGAGGAUGGAAGAGAGCUGCUCGGAGAAAUGCUGAAUUACGAUCCAAACAAAAGGUUAUCUGCCAAAAAUGCCCUUGUACAUCGAUUCUUCCGUGACGUGACCAUGCCGAUACCUCAUCUCAGACUCUGAGUCACGCAAAAUAUCAGGCCGUUUUUAUGCCAACAAUGUGUAAGCAAUAAGGACCUCCUCAGCCUAAGUUCAGGACCAAACCUGGAAUGGACAGAAACAAUGGACACUACAGGAUACGUUGAAUCCAUUAAUGGAUAUUUGAUAAUACUGAAAACCAGCUUUCUAGAAGAUAGAUGUCCUGAAAGCUUUGCUGUUUCAGCUAUGAUGUUGUAAUAGUUAUGAAUGUUUAACUGUAAUUUUCAAUAUCAUAAUUUUGCAUAUUUAUGUGCAGCUGCCAUUUUUGAUGUAAAUGUUAUUUGUAAUUGGGAUGGUCCUCUUGACCGAGUGCAAGUCAGGCAGACACAUUCUAGUUACCUGCCAUUAAAUUUCUCAAUUUGAUCGGUAUAUUGGAUAUAGGAUGUCCACAUUCAAAUAGUCAAGUAGCUAAAGUUAAAUAUUAUUACAUAUAAGUUUGUGGGAUAGUGCAAAUAACAAAUGUCAUGCUUUGUAAGACAGCUGAAUGAAAGACGGAGAGACAAGAACAUCAUCAGCUGAUGUAAAACAGUUGGUACUACAAGAACAUGAGAUUAUAACCGUGUUCUUCUAGUUUGAUUUAUCUUACGGUUAUAUUCAAAAUUUGGGUCCAAAGUAUCUUGAAGUGAUUUUAAAACUGCAUCUUUCGUUGUUAAACACACACAAAUGCUUAUUAGUCAUUCAGGUUUUCUGGGAGGAUCGUUAACCGAACUGAAGUUUUCACCUUUGUACAUAUAGACAGCUGUGAUAUUCAAAUCUUCCCAGUUGUAAUUCAGAUUUUACAGAAUUUAAUGUGCUGUCACAUUUUCUUACUCUAGAUUUUAUCCAAACCUAAAGAACAGUUUUUUAUGGAUAUUGUUUAUUUACAGUUUGAAAAAAAUAAAACUUGUUCAAAUAA